CGCGCAAACAUUUCGCGACAUUUCCAGCAGUUGGACCAAGACUGAACAAAUUCACCGUUGCAGUCUAAGACAUUCGCAUACAUAAAAGAUCACUUCCGCACGUCUUCGCAAGAUACAUUGCAACUCACCCUCUGCCAGCCACACCAUACGCUAACAUAACGCGACUAUGGGUGUCUAUCGCGUCGAGGCCUCCCCUAACAACCGCGCUGGUUGUCAAGUCAAGGAAUGCAAAGACGCCGGCUCAAAGAUCACAAAGGGCCAGUUCCGCUUUGCGGUUCAGGUCACCAUCCAUGAGCAUGUCAGCUGGCAAUACCGCCAUUGGGGAUGCGUUACUCCCAAGCAGAUCGAGAAUCUGAUCGAGGUGUCCGGAGGUGACACUGACAUGGUCGACGGCUACGACGAGUUGCCUGCAGAGUUUCAGGAGAAAGUCAAAUUCGCGCUGGAGAACGGCCAUAUUCCAGAUGAAGACUGCACGCAUGCUGAUGAUGUUGAAUAUAACCGACCAGGUGCUAAGAAGCCUCGAGCGAAGAAAGCCAAGAAGACUGACGAGGAGGACGGCAAUGACGCGGACGAGAAACCUAAGAAGAAGCCCGCAGCCAAGGCCAAGAAGAACGCCGUCAAAGACGAAGACGAGGAGGACGCGCCUGCACCAGCCCUGAAGAAGCGCGGACCCAAAGCCAAGAAGGUCAAAAAUGAAGAGGAGGAGGAUGUGCCAGCUCCCGCCCCGAAGAAGCGUGGUCGGCCAGCCAAGAAGGAGGUCGCUGAUGAAGAAGACGGCGUCGAGGAAGAGGCAGCUCCUCCGGCUAAGAAGGCUCGGGCCAGCGGCAGGACCAAGAACGCCCCCAAGUACAACGACAGCGAAGAGGAAGCCCCCGCUCCCAAGAAGGUGGAGCCUGAGGCCAACAGUGACGUUGACGAGGAAGCUCCUGAGCCUAAGAAGGUUCCCCAGAAAAGGGGCCGCAAGAAGGCUGUCGCAACUGACGAGUAAGCUCGCCUUACACACGAAGAGCAGCAUGCUUUACCGAACAAUCUAGCCAGUUCGAUUCGAGGCGUUAGCGGGGUGUCAUGGGGGAGUGUAUUGUUGAAACAGUAAAGAUACCCAGGAGAGCGUCGUGUUUAUGAGGAAAGAAAAGUUCUAUUUUGCGGAAUCAGGAUAAGUACAAUCCCAGUGUUGUCUGCGCAUGUCAGCAAGCCGUUUUCUUUUAUGUCGGCAUCAUAA